UGUUACUUCCGGUUGUUUCUGACACACGAAGACGAUUAGCACAGUCAGAUCAGCUGUGUUUGAACUCGAUACGUGUACUGUCAUUUCCCAGUAUGACAGAGGAACGAAAUUUCAGAUCAUAUUAUUAUGACAAAUGCGGAUUUCGAGCUGUUGACGAAAAGAAAUCCAUAGAAAUCUUGUUGAAAGAGCAGCCGAUGGAUGUGGAAAAACUGUCUCAGUUUUGUCUUCGGUUCCCAGUGCCAACUAAAUACAGACAUUAUGUUUGGAAAAUUCUCCUAGGUGUGUUGCCCUCCCACCAACCGUCCCACGCGUAUGUCAGUCAGCAGCACCGGGCGAUGUACCAGGACGGACUCCGGUGUCUGACAGUGCUGCGCAGAGUUAAUGCGGACACGCCCACUGAAGAAGUGUUCCUUAAACUUUAUCUUUUAGAAGAAGGAAAUCUGCCGUUCGAAGAAAAGAAUUUGCACAAGGACCCGGCGUAUGUGGCGUUCAUGUUGAUGGCUGGUGCUGUUUGUAAUGUUGCUGAUGCUGACAUCGACAGGUACUGGAUCACCUCACGCUUCUACAGAUACUUCCUGAAGUUCAGCGACCAUCUUCAACUCAUGCCGGAGAAGACCGUCCUCUGUCUGAGAAAGGAGGACGUUGACAAGAGGUUGCUUCUACAUCUACAGGAGAACAACAUCCUGAGUUCUCUCCCUUUGAUGGACUGGUUCAGAUGUUGUUUUGCUGGUGUUCUCCCUGACAUUUCAUUUGAAAGGGUCUGGGACAAGGUGCUUGGAGGUUCCCCAACAAUCCUUGUGUUUGUAGCAGUCGCCAUUUUCCUCACCUUCAGACGACCUCUGUUGAGUAUGAACACUACAGAUGAAAUGGUCGCCUAUCUCCGUAAGAUCCCCGAGGACUGUGGUGACAAGCUUGUGAGUGAUGCUGUUGAGUUGUGGCAGAAACAUGGAUUCCAUCUGAUGCAGCCCAAGUCUGACUCUCCGGUACUAGACAAGACUGGCCCCUGAUCAGUUGGGUUUCAUCAUUGUUGGAUUCCCUACAUCAAGAUGUGUCUAGAUUGGUGUCGCCCUGUCUAUCACAAGUACAUCUCAUCACUCUGUCUCCGCAUACCAUCAUGCACAGGAACACCAGGUUAUUAAAGACAUGCUCGGCGUGAUUCAAGAUACAUAGCCUGGUCUGAUUCAAGAUACAUAGCCUGGUGCGAUUUAAGAUACAUAGCCUGGCGUGAUUCAAGAUACAUAGCCUGGUGUGAUUCAAGAUACAUAGCCUGGCGUGAUUCAAGAUACAUAGCCUGGUGUGAUUCAAGAUACAUGGCCUGGCGUGAUUCAAGAUACAUAGCCUGGUGUGGUUCAAGAUACAUAGCCUGGCGUGAUUCAAGAUACAUAGCCUGGCGUGAUUCAAGAUACAUAGCCUGGUGUGGUUCAAGAUACAUAGCCUGGCAUGAUUCAAGAUACAUAGCUUGGCGUGAUUCAAGAUACAUAGCCUGGUGUGGUUCAAGAUACAUAGCCUGGCGUGAUUCAAGAUACAUAGUCUGGCGUGAUUCAAGAUACAUAGCCUGGUGUGGUUCAAGAUACAUAGCCUGGCAUGAUUCAAGAUACAUAGCUUGGCGUGAUUCAAGAUACAUUGCCCGGUGUGAUUCAAGAUACAUGGCCUGGCGUGAUUUAAGAUACAUUGCCUGGUGUGAUUCAAGAUACAUAGCCUGGCGUGAUUCAAGAUACAUAGCCUGGUGUGGUUCAAGAUACAUAGCCUGGUGUGGUUCAAGAUACAUAGCCUGGUGUGAUUCAAGAUACAUAGCCUGGUGUGAUUCAAGAUACAUAGCCUGGCGUGAUUCAAGAUACAUAGCCUGGUGCGAUUCAAGAUACAUAGCCUGGCGUGGUUCAAGAUACAUAGCCUGGCGUGAUUCAAGAUACAUAGCCUGGUGCGAUUCAAGAUACAUAGCCUGGCGUGGUUCAAGAUACAUAGCCUGGUGUGAUUCAAGAUACAUAGCCUGGUGCGAUUCAAGAUACAUAGCCUGGUGUGAUUCAAGAUACGUAGCCUGGUGUGAUUCAAGAUACAUAGCCUGGCGUGGUUCAAGAUACACAGCCUGGUGUGAUUCAAGAUACAUAGCCUGGUGCGAUUCAAGAUACAUAGCCUGGUGUGAUUCAAGAUACAUAGCCUGGCGUGGUUCAAGAUACAUAGCCUGGUGUGAUUCAAGAUACAUAGCGUGGUGCGAUUCAAGAUACAUAGCCUGGUGUAAUACAAGUUAUAUAGCCUGGCGUGAUUCAAGAUACAUGCUUGAAAUGAAUCAAGAUAUAUCAGCAAGCCUUAGCCCCCUCAGGUACAUCAUGGGAUUCUGAAUAUAACAGUAUGUAUCUUGAUAAUUAAGACAAUGUGAGGAACUGUGGCAGUCUCCCGUACAACCACCUUGCUGGUUGCACUGUCUGUAUCUGGCUGCACUGUCUGUUCCUGGCUGCACUGUCUGUUCCUGGCUGCACUGUCUGUUCCUGGCUGCACUGUCUGUUCCUGGCUGCAGUGAUAUCGCUAGGAUGGUGCCAGUGGGGGCACAAAACAACAUUCACUCAUAAAAUACACUGAAUUGAAGGAAUGUUUGUUCUGCUUAAAUUGUUAAAAUCA